UAGUUCUAAGUUUUCUAAACCCAAGAUUUCAAGUCUGGUGGCAUAAGGUAUUUUGUUGUAUUCAGAGGAGUGGAAAAUUCUUCUUGUAAAAUAUUUCUGGACACGUUCAAUUGUAUUGAUGUCUGAAAUGUGGUAUGGGUUCCAGACAGGCAAGUUUUAUUUAAGAAUUGGUCUAGCAAAUGUUUUAUAAGCUUUGGUUAGUAAUGUAGUGUUUCUGGAGAAGAAGCUUCGUAAGAUUAGGUUUGAACAGGUUCAAAGAAAUCUAAUUUACCUAAAUAGGGAAUUUUAUGAAAAUAAUAAUACAAAUUCUAGAAUGCACUUUUCUAAAACAAGUUUUCUUUUCUUUGGUAAACUUCUGGAGGAGCCCCUUUAAAGAAGAAAUAUGUAUUUCAUUUUUUGCAGAAGCUGUUAAGAGGAAUGCUAGAGCCACUCAGAGAACUCAUGAUAAUGUCUAUGAAGGAUUAGCAUCCUUUUCUGGUGGCUACUACCUCAACACGAAGAAAAACCAACUUUCUAAGGCCCUUGGCGUAGUGGAGCUGUCCAUGAAUGCCGCUCCUGUUAAAAUAGCCCAUAAUCGUGUGGAUGGAUCUCGGUUUUCCUUCCUCGUGGAUGAAACUCUCUCCGAAAUAUCAAUCUCAGUCAAGACUUUGAGGCAUGAGAGAUUCAACUUUAAUAUCUGGCAACCUUCAGGUGACUCAUUCAGAAUACCUCGUAUGAUGAUUGACACAAGGAAUCAGAAGGUCGUGAAGGUAUCUCCUCUCCCUCAGCCAGGUCGGUGGACUGUAUCUAUGACUCCAAGGGGCUCUUAUGAGGUGGAGAUUAGAGGCAAGAGCUUGCUUGAUUUUACUUACCGGAUAAUGCAGAAGCAGAACGGCUACAUGCUUCCCAUUCAAGGACAGCCUGUGAAAGGGUCAAACUACACCAUCUCCAUAAAGAUGCUGGGAGAAUGCAGAGGUACCCAGGUGCAACGUCUGGUCAUUUCUGAUGGACUAGGAGGUCCUAUUCACUCCAUCAUUUUGAACCAAACUUCUGAUGCUCUUGGCAAUAUCUUGGCCUUUGCUCCGAUUCAUCUGGAUUCAUUGUCUCCGAUGCUAAAAGUAGAAGGUCUGUCUCCUGGCAACCUGCCCUUCUCACGUCUCAACAUCAAUCCUAUCCAUGUGGCGUCAAUAAGGAUUCUACCCUUGGCAGACCAAGACAGUACGCUGUUGCCGGGUGGGAGCCUAGAGUUCUCUGUCCAGGUGGUGAAUGAUGGAUCAGCUACAACAUUCACCUUUAAUGUCCAGGAUGACCUGGGCUUCAUACAGAGCUUUAGACCUGUACAAGGUUUCCUGAGGAAAGGAGAGAGCACCGUUCUCACGGCAACGUUUGUGGCCCCUGCCAAGAGCUCCAACUUUGCCUCAAGUCUUGCAACAUUUAUAGCGAAAACCAGUUCAUCGCAAAACUUCAUGACUCUGCUCAUCUCUGUCAUUCCCAAAACAGCCUUGGAAACUGAAGAAAACCCACCAGUCUAUCACCUUCUCCAAUUCUAUAUGCCAUGCGGAGCUGAGAGCCAGCAAAAACCCGACUGCUCUCAACACAUCUGGAACAUGACAUUUUCUGCUGAGGGUGCUGAAGCUGCUGUUAGUGUCCAGAUCAGCCCAGAUCCCAGCACUUUAUCUUGUCACUCAGAAGAGGAGGGUAGCAAUAAGAAGCUCAUCUGUGAUUACAAGUCCAGCUGCUGUUCUCCUUUAGCAGAAGUCCUGAUCAGUGAUGAGAAUGGCAACGUGAACAGUUUCACCGUAGAUCACAACACACAGCCUCCCACACCAGCCUCAAUUCUGGCUACUGCGUGGAGUAGCAUCAGCAACUAGAUGUCCAGAAGUCUGAAACCGUUGUGAGCAUCAUUGAUAUUCUGAGAUCCUCUGAUUUUCUUCAGUAGCAUCUUGAAUGAUAUCCAACCAAUCAUCCAGCACUACAUCAAUAAUCGCUUUAUCUUGUCUAUUCAUCUGGUUUUCUCGGUAGAUAACUGGAAUGGUUGAUCAGUCCUUCUCCCGUGCGGUAUGAGAUUAUACUUUUGCUGUUGUUGCUCAGGUAAUCAUCUGCCUCUGGCAUCUUCUUAUAUUGCUGCUGCUGAUCUGGAGGUGCCUGCUUACUUUAACUGGACAGCUGAAAUAACCUUCAAACCAUAGAUGACCUUGAAGGAGGGGUGAAAUGCUCUCAGUUUGGACCGGAUCGGCUGAUCGGGUAGCAAUGGCAGCG